UUUCUCUCCAGCCAUUAAAAUGAAAUACUUGGUUUGCCUGUUUUUUCUUGCGUCAGUGUCGGCUCGUUUUACUGAUGAUGUCUACCAGAUCCUGGCCAAGGAAAAUGCGGAACAAAAUAUCAUUUCCUCACCUCUCUCCCUCGAAAUUGUUAUGGCCAUGGUGUAUAUGGGAGCAAAGGGAAAUACGGCUAAGGAAUUGCAAACUGUUUUGAAGCUGCCUGAGGAUAGAAAUCAAGUGGCCAAAAAAUACAGAGAGUUCUUCACAAAUCUCGAAGGUCGGGAGAAGGAUGCUAUUCUUGAACUGGCAAAUCGUAUUUACAUCAAUGAUCAGUUGAGAUUACUACCAGAGUAUAACAAGAUAGUGGGUGACUCCUUCAAGGCCGAGGCAGUGCCUAUUAACGUGGGUAAUCCCCAAUCAGCUGCUGCGACUAUUAACUCUUGGGUAUCCCGUCAAACUCGAAACAAAAUAACUAAAAUUGUGUCUGCUGAAUCUAUAAAUAGGGAUUUUAUGGCGAUUAUUAUAAACGCCAUUUACUUCAAAGGCGUAUGGAAGUAUAAGUUUGUUAAAGAAGAUACUAGGAAAAAAGACUUUCACACUUCAUCUAACGAAAAAAUUCCGGUUGACAUGAUGUAUUUGGAAGGCUCUUUCUUGGCCGAUCAUUUUUCUGACUUAGAUGCCAAGGUUCUGGAACUUCCAUACCGAAACUCAAAACUCUUUAUGCAAAUAUUCUUGCCAAAUCGUAUUGACGGUCUUAGUAAACUGGAAAGCCAAAUCGGAGGCUUCUCCCGACCUCUCCGUAAACAAGAUGUUUAUGUAAGAAUUCCAAAAUUUAAAAUUGAGUUUGAAAAAUCUCUCGAUGGUCUUCUUGCCAAGCUGGGAAUCAAAGCGGCAUUUAGUGGUGCUGCUAACUUUAGUGGGUUAGUUAAAGAUAAUUUACAAAUCAGUAAAGUACUACAAAAAGGGUUCGUGGAAGUAAACGAGGAAGGUGCUGAAGCUGCGGUUGUAACAGCUUUUAAUUUUAUAAAAAUAUGUUCGCAUUGUCCGGAUAAUGGACCUCAUCCAAUGAUAUUUACAGCCAAUCAUCCUUUUGCCUUUUUAAUUCGUGAUAGGGAGACAAUAUACUUCCAAGGACAUAUUGUAAGGCCAUAAAAAUGACUUCUGAUUACUUCUUUUAGAGAUAAUAUACAUAUGUGCCCAUUGUAGAAAAUGCUGUAUUUUCAAUAAAACUUUAAAAGAG